CAUGCGUUAGUCUAGGCAUACACAGAAAGACUUCCUCUUUCCUGUUAAGAACUUCAAUUCGUUGAUAUUUUAGAUACUGAGUUUCUGAAGGGACUGCAACCAUGCCAAUCGUAAACAAAGCAGUUGUGAAAGCCAAAGAAGCCAAAGAAAUAAGGGCUGGAUUGACUCAUAGAGGGCCUGGCAACCCUAAUAUUCAUCAUGAACCGACAGUCACAGUCACAAAGAAGUGUGACAAGAUCGAUGCUCAAGUACUUUCAGAGGACUCCCGGCUCCCCCUCCGUCUCCUGUGUCUGGUUGUCUUGGUGAUCAGUGUUGGUGGGAUGGCGCUCUACUGCAUGGUGGGUGACCCUCAGUCUGCCGUGUGCACGGCGUUCUUCAACAACAUCAAGGUCUACAUGGCCCAGGUGCUGAACUUGUUCUCAAGCUGAUGUGACGUUGUAACCUGCCUCAAGGUGUGAGCCACAACAAUGAACUGUCUCCGCCUUCAUUUGAUAGGGAUGUUUAGAAAUAUGACUGGGACAAUAACCGAGGGACAUCUGAUACCAGCCAACUAUUUUGCAAACCUAUCAGUGCCUCUAGAUCUGAAAAUCAAAGAGUGUAUUUGCAUCUCAUUUUCACUUCUCAUUUCACAUUUUAUUUUCGAAAAGGGAUUGGUGUUCUAAUAACAACUUCAUCAACGCACAGUUUGUUUUUCCUCCAGCCUUGGUGAUCAACACCAAGAUCUCUGUGCAUGUAUGCGGGCUGAUAACCAAUAGAUUCCAAUUGUAACUUUUAGAAGAAGCCAAUGUCGUAGGGAAGAGGCUGGGAGGCUGUAUGAGAUAUAAUUACGUCAUAUGUUAUUUAGACUGAUUUCCUUUGAUUCACAACGUAAAAUGACCACAAUGAUAUAUUACUGAGAUAACAGAGACAUGAAGUGUGAGUGUUUUUUAAGAAGUGAUAUAUAUUUUACAUUGAAUACUUGUGUGAUUGUCAAAUAAAAAUAUAUAUAUUAUGAAAUGCAAAUAAAAAUGAAAGUACCUCAA